AAUGGAUAUCAAACACAUUGAUGGUGAGGAAAGCGCUAAAUAAAUGGCGUAUGUGUAUUGAUUUUUGCAAUCUAAAUUUAGCUUGCCCAAAGGACCACUACCCCCUACCGAGAAUCGACCAGCUGGUCGACUCCAUAGCUGGCUGUCAAUUGCUAAGUAUGAUGGACGCGUCCCAGGGAUACCACCAAAUUCCCUUGGCUCCUGAAGAUCAAAGCAAAGUUAGCUUCGUGACGAGCAAAGGGACAUAUUGUUAUGUCGUUAUGCCUUUCGGGCUUAAGAACGCAGGGGCAACAUACCAAAGGUUGAUGGAUCGAAUGUUCAAAUCGCAGAUCGGGCAAAAUAUGGAAGCUUACGUGGACGGUAUCUUGGUGAAAAGUAGGUCCUCGAUCUCGCAUGUAGAGGACUUAAGGGAAACGUUUACGACACUAAGAACAUUUGGAAUGAAGCUAAAACCGAGUAAAUGUGCCUUUGGAGUGAGGGCAGGACGAUUCCUGGGCUAUAUCGUAACUGAAAGAGGCAUCGAAGCUAAUAAGGAUAAAGUGCAAGCCAUACUCGACAUGGCCCCGCCAAAGAAUGUUAGAGAAGUGCAAGUCCUGACAUGUCGAAUUGCAGGCCUAAGUCGAUUCAUAGCUCGGGCAGCGGAAAGGAGUUUCCCAUUCUUCAAGUUACUCAAGAAAAAAGCUUUUCAGUGGAGUGACGAGGCUCAUAUGGCGUUUGAAAAGUUGAAAGAGUUUUUGAGCGAACUACCGUUGUUAACAAAGCUGGAACCGGGCGACGAAUUGGUGCUCUAUAUCUCGGUGGGUAUCUUUUCUUUGAGUUCUGUAUUACUGCGAGAAGCUGGAGGGGCCCAACAGCCGAUCUAUUAUACAAGUCGAGUACUUGAAGGCGCAGAAGCGAGAUAUUCCGAAGUCGAGAAGGCCGCAUUAACAUUG